AUGACACUGACAUUGUAUUUAACGGUGACAUCCGUCAUAAAAAUGGCUGCUCUCAGAGUGUUUAGUCGUAAUGUACCAUAUUUACGACAACAAUUUUCAGCGUUAUUAGGAAACACAUCGCCUUCCGUAAAGUUUAUUUGUGUAGUUGUUAUAAUUGGUUAUAUUCUAUCGUAUUCCGAUGACGUUGUGGACGUUCUUAGUGUUACGCCAGGAUAUUUAUUGCCACCUUCAUUUCAAUUGUGGUCCACUUUCACGUUCUGGUUUCUUGAAAUACAUUUGUGGGAGGUGAUCAUUGACAUAGUGACUGUUGGAUUGUGUGGGAAAUUAAUAGAGCCAUUAUGGGGUCAGAUGGAGAUGAUGAAGUUCUUUAUUUUCACGAACACAGGCGUUGCAUUCUUAACGACAUUCUAUUAUCUUGUGAUAUUUGCUUGGACUCAAGAUACAUCGCUUCUAUUCGAUAUUCAUGUUCACGGGCUCGCCGGUUAUUUGGCGGGUGUGAGUGUGGCCGUGAAACAGAUUAUGCCAGAUCAUCUCCUUAUUAAAACACCAUUGGGUAAAUUAACAAAUAGAUCACUGCCGCUAUUGAUUCUUAUAGCGGCAAUAAUUCUAUGGGCCGUAGGUGCUCUAGAGGGUACAUAUCCUUGUAUGUGGGGAAGUGGCACCUUAUUGUCAUGGAUUUAUCUUAGAUUUUGGCAACGUCACAGCAGCGGCACUCGGGGAGAUAUGGCCGACAACUUUAGCUUCGAUAAUUUCUUUCCAACGGUAAUGCAACCCGUAGUGCGAGGAAUACUGAAUCCGAUCCACCGAUGUCUAGUUCGUGUAGGAGUAUGUAAUGCAUCGCCACGACGAGUUCAACUAGCCUUGAGUCCACGAGGUUUAACAAUAUCUAUGCCAGGAGUAGAACCGCAAGAUAUGGAACGGAGACGGCAAAUAGCACUUAAAGCUCUAAGCGAGAGGCUAUCAAAGACUUCAGAGCAGACAAGACAGAAGAAUUUAUCUAUGAAAGUCAAUAUGGAGGCUGUCAGGAAAUCACAGACUCCACAAGUGAUCCCUUCGUUCCCCAGCGAGCCGCCCCAACCAUCAAUUUCUCCUCCGGAAACCACCCUUAUUGACAUCACAACAGACACCCCUACUACUAAAACAUCAUGA